AUCAAAAAAAUCUCCAUUUUUCAUCUCACAUCCAAUUCCACACAUUUCUUCAACCACUAAUAUCUAACCCUCAUAUAUCCAACCCUUCAUCGCAAACACUUAUUUCAAACAAAACCAAAACCAAACCAAUAAUCCAAUAAUGGCUUCAGCUUCUGUUUCAAUGUCUUUACCACUAACCCAAGCAACUCACAAAAACCUUCACAAUUCUUCCUCCACACCCUUCUUGAAACCAUUGCCCUUUCCACAAGCAAAGAAGACACUAGUCAACAAGUCAACUUCAAAAUCCAAUGUUGUUGGAAUUCAAGCAUCAUUGAAAGACAAAACAGUGAAGGGUCUAACAGCUUUUGCAUUAACAGCCUCUAUGGUGUUACCAGAUGUUGCUCAUGCAGCUGGAAAUGAUUUUUCACCAUCUCUUAAAAACUUUUUGCUUAGCAUUGCUGCUGGUGGUGUUGUUCUUACAGCUAUAUUGGGUGCUGUUGUUGGUGUUUCCAACUUUGAUCCUGUUAAGAGAACUUAAUUAAACUAUGUUGUCACAAUCUCAAAGGUUUAUAUUUUAUGUUAAUCAUGUCAUUUUUUUCCACCUUUUGAUUUGUUUGCAAUUGUUUCUAAUACAAGGUGAAUAUAUACCAACAAUUGCCGAGAACGUUUAAAAUUGAUUUAGAGUAUGUAUAAUAUAUAUGAACCGUUCAAUCUUAAAUAAAUGGUCGAGAUUGAUUAUUAACUCGAUGUCCAGUUUGAUUUUUAA